AUGCCGAACACGACAACAAGUGGGGACUGGAUUGACGAGGCUCUAGAACACGACAACAAGUUUAGUGGUGGCUGGUUUGACGAGGCUCUAGAACAGGACAAGAUUAGUGGCUGGAUUGAAGAGGCUCUAAACCAGGACAAGAUUAGUGGUGGCUGGAUUGACGAGUCUCUAAACCAGGACAAGAUUAGUGUAGGCUGGAUUGACGAGGCUCUAAAACAGGACAAGAUUAGCGGUGACUGGAUUGACGAGGCUCUAAACCAGGACAAGAUUAGUGUAGGCUGGAUUGACGAGUCUCUAAACCAGGACAAGAUUAGUGGUGACUGGAUUGACGAGGCUCUAAACCAGGACAAGAUUAGUGGUGGCUGGAUUGACGAGUCUCUAAACCAGGACAAGAUUAGUGUAGGCUGGAUUGAGGAGGCUCGAAACCAGGACAAGAUUAGUGGUGACUGGAUUGACGAGGCUCUAAACCAGGACAAGAUUAGUGGUGACUGGAUUGACGAGGCUCUAAACCAGGACAAAAUUAGUGGUGACUGGAUUGACGAGGCUCUAAACCAGGACAAGAUUAGUGGUGACUGGAUUGACGAGGCUCUAAACCAGGACAAGAUUAGUGGUGACUGGAUUGACGAGGCUCUAAACCAGGACAAAAUUAGUGGUGACUGGAUUGACGAGGCUCUAAACCAGGGCAGGAUUAGUGGCGACUUGGAUGGUGCUGGUUCCAUCACUGCAGUCACCGCCGGCAAAGUAACUUAG